AUGGUUCGAAGUUCUCUGCAAUCUCUCACCAGUUUAAAGAAGCAAAAGAAAAGGUUCUUUAGGCAAUGUAAUACACCAAAGCCUGGGACUUUGGACUUUGUUGGAAAGGCAAAAUGGAAUGCAUGGAACGAUUUGGGUGAUUUAUCACAGGUAGAUGCACAAAAACAGUAUAUAGCACUUGUGGAAUCUUUACUAGGACAAAAAUCCAAGACCAACAGCCAACCCAACAAAGACAUUAAUACAUCAAAUGAGUUUGAAAAUAUUCUUGUCUCUACUGAUGGCGGUUUGAGGACAAUCACAAUGAACAGGCCUGAUAAAUACAAUGCUUUGACCCCAAAGCUGCUGGUUCAGUUCAUUAAAAGUUCCGUUUAUUCAAAACCUUUUGAAAUAUGCAACAAAGGACAAAUACUCUGCAACAAGGGGCCGCAUCUCUCAAGAAGCCGCAAGUCUCUCAUCAAUUUUCAUUCAAUUGCUUCAAGAUAGUACAAUCAUUGCGAUUAUUUAAGCCUCAAUAAAUAGAUUAAAAGAAGAAAUUCUCGUUGUAGUUUUGUCAACGC